CCGCCCGACGUGCCGGGGCGAUGGACGCGGCGACGCUCGACGACGUGAUCCGCCGCCUCCUGGAGGCGCGCGGCGGCCGCACGGCGCGCCCCGCGCAGCUCACCGACCCGGAGAUCCGCCGCCUCUGCGCCGCCGCCAAGGACGUCUUCCUCAGCCAGCCAAACCUCCUCGAGCUCGAGGCGCCCAUCAAAGUCUGCGGGGACAUCCAUGGCCAAUACUCUGACCUUCUUCGGUUAUUUGAGUAUGGUGGCUUCCCACCAGAGGCGAACUAUUUAUUUCUGGGUGACUAUGUUGAUCGUGGCAAACAGAGUAUUGAAACAAUAUGCCUUCUCCUUGCAUACAAGAUAAAGUACCCAGAGAACUUCUUUCUCCUUAGGGGAAACCAUGAAUGUGCCUCUAUCAACAGAAUUUAUGGAUUCUUUGAUGAAUGCAAGAGGAGGUUUAAUGUUCGUCUCUGGAAGGUUUUCACUGAUUGUUUUAACUGCCUGCCUGUUGCUGCACUUAUUGAUGAUAAGAUCCUGUGCAUGCAUGGGGGUUUAUCGCCUGAACUAAAGAACAUGGACCAGAUACGUAAUAUUGCCCGUCCUGUGGAUAUUCCGGACCAUGGUCUCCUUUGUGAUCUACUGUGGUCAGACCCUGAUAAAGAUGUUGAUGGCUGGGGUGAGAACGACAGGGGUGUGUCUUACACUUUUGGAGCUGAUAAGGUUGCGGAGUUCCUUGAGAAACAUGAUCUAGAUUUGGUCUGCAGGGCUCACCAGGUGGUGGAGGAUGGAUAUGAAUUCUUUGCAAAACGCCAGCUUGUAACCAUAUUCUCUGCACCCAACUAUUGUGGCGAGUUUGACAAUGCUGGUGCUAUGAUGAGCAUAGAUGAUUCACUAACAUGCUCAUUCCAGAUCCUUAAGCCUUCUGAUAAGAAAGGGAAAGCUGGAGGCAACAUGUCAAAACCUGGAACACCGCCUCGGAAGAUAAAAAUCAAUAUUAUUUAGGCAGAUCCUGUCUAGUAUGAACUGGGUAAUUGUGAUGGAGCACCCCCAAAACUUAUUGUGGCGGUCCGGUGAACUACAUGUUGAAAUGUCAACCUGCGUGCUGUUGUCUUUGAUGGUCUGAUGCAGAUCUGUCCUGCCAUUCUGAAAAGAGCGGAACAGGAAACCAUAACUGGGCAGUUUUUUGUGUGGAUUAUUUAUUCCUUCUUACUCUGCUACGCAUGUCAAAAUGUUUAUGCAAUGGGAGGCGUCAGUAACAUGGUCCUGCUAUGGGGACUGGGAAUCUUGAAUGUAGAUUCUGUUAUGUUCUGUAGGUUGUUUUAUCUGUAUGUCUCUGCAAAUGACUCACUAGCUUUAGUGAAAAUGUCUUCUACUGAUGCUAAUGGUAGAGAAUGACUGGUAUUUUAUACCAAAACUGCUGAGAAUGUUGUAGGGUUUCGUCAUUGCUAUUCAAACAGUCCGGUUAAGUUUUAUCUUA